AUGUCGUUCACACCUUCAAAGAUUCUUGUGUUUGGUGCAACUGGCAACAUCGGCCUGUUCAUCACCGAAGCCCUUCUGGAUGCUAAGCCGGCAUUCGACCAGGUUACCAUCUUCACAUCUCGGUCUACCGUAGAAAACAAGGCAGACCUGCUGGACGGGUGGAAAAAGAAGGGUGCCAAGAUCAUCAGCGGCAAUGUCGACGACAACGAGCAAGUCAAGGCGGCAUACAAGGACGCCGACACCGUCAUUUCAGCCUUGGGAAGAAAUGUCAUUGAGAAGCAAAUCGACCUUAUCAAGCUGGCCGAGGAGACAGAUUCCGUCAAGUGGUUUUUCCCCUCCGAGUACGGCACCGAUAUCGAGUAUGGUCCUAAGAGCGCCCAUGAGAAGCCGCAUCAGGCCAAGCUCAAAGUGCGCAAGUACAUCCGUGAGAACAUCAAGCGGCUCAAGUACACCUACCUGGUGACGGGCCCGUACGUGGACAUGUUUCUGACACUGUCACCCGUUGCGCCAGAGGCUGGCGGUUUUGACGUGAAGAGCAAAAAGGCCGUGUUGGUGGAGGACGGUGAGGGCAAGGUUGGCUUGAUCACCAUGAAGGAUGUUGGAAAGACUCUGGUGGCCUCGCUGAGACACCCCGAUGCUUCGUUCAACAAGGCGCUCAAGGUACAGUCAUUUGUGGCGACACCCAAGGAGAUUUUGGCCGAGUUUGAGAAGCAGACGGGCGCCAAGUGGGAGGUAUCCUACGCGCCGCUGCAGAAGCUCAAGGAGGCCGAGGAGAAGGCGUGGGCCGAUGGCGUGCCGUUUGCGACCAUCUUCACACUGCGUCGCAUCUGGGCUGAGGGUGGUACCCUGUACGAGAAGACGGACAACGAGAGCAUCGGUGUUGGCCCUAACGAUGUUGAGACUUUGACAGUGGCUGUCCAACGGGCAUUGGGAAAGGCCUAG